AUGAGUUACCAACAACAGCCCCCUUAUCCUCCCCAGCCUGCCUACGGUCCUCCUCCCGGUAACUACGGACCUCCUCAGGGCGGCUACCCUCCCCAGCAGUACGGCGGUUACCCUCCUCAGGGUCCUCCUCCUGGACAAUACGCACCUCAACCCCAAAUGGGAUACCCGCAGCAACAACCAGCUCCACAGCAGGAGAAAAAGAGUCACGGCUGUCUUGGUGCCUGCCUGGCCACCCUUUGCUGUUGUUUCCUGUGUGAAGAGAGCUGCGAAUGCUGUAUCGACUGCAUCGAAUGCUGCGAAAUGUGCUAA